AUGGGAUCAUCUUGCAAGCAUGUUUUCUGUUGGACAUGCAUCAGUGAAAUUACUGAAGGGAGCCUUUUUCCAUUAUGUCCACUUUGUUCGCUGCCAGUUGGAUUACAGUAUGUUAAACCUGCUGCUUUUACAAGUCAGCUUUUUUAUAGCAUAUUAUCACUGAAGGAAAGUCUUUCUCAAUUUGAUGUAUCUCAAAUUGAUCCGGAAAUUAUGCUAAGUGUGGUUGAACCCAUUAAGCAGCAAAGAACAAUUAAUGAAUUCUGUGCCAGCCAGGUAGCUACUGAUAUUGAUGUUAUUCCUGACUGGGAUUACAGUGAUGUGCUCUCAGAAAUUAAUCCAGAGGAACGACCAACUGUGAAAACCCCAUGUGAAUUUGAAUCUCAUUCGGAAUUCAGUGAUCCUGCUUCAAACUUUGCUUUGGUGCCAGACGAUGUCAUUCUGUUUACGCAACCGCAGGAAGUCGUUGGUGAAGCUUUGGCUGAUAAUCAAAUGACUCAGCAUUUUCAUAUUUACAAAGAACCAAAUGAAUUCAAAUUUUUCCAGUUACAACCCAGAAACACAUUUGGCGAAUUAACCGGAAUGGUGGAUGGAAGUUCAGAAAAUAGAUCAGAAAGCCAAGGGAGAGAGGAUUCAAGUGUUCCUUCUCUUGCAGAUAUAACUACUCUAUCUCAGCAUCAUAAAUAUCUUAUAGUUAAUUGUGCAGUAAAUGGAUCGAAAGAAGAACUUUUAAAGGCUUUAAAGAGUGGCGGAGACGCAAAUGACAGGGAUUGUCAUGGCAUGACAGCGCUCCAUCAUGCUGCAGCUCGUGAUUAUUCUGAAAUUUGCAAAAUUUUGGUUGAAAAUGGCGCACACAUCAAUUCAUAUGGUGGUGGACAGUUAUGUGAAACAGCACUUCACACAGCCGUGCGUUAUGAAGCUGUCAACACUGUUGAUUACUUACUUACAAAGGGAGCAGAUCGCCAUGCACUCAAUUUGAAGGGUCAGACUCCAAUGGAUCUUAUUGCGACUGAUCAAAUGCGAGUAGUUUUUCAUAGAACUUCUCACUCUUCAAAAAGCCCACUUUCUUCACGAAAAACCAAAGAAGUUUCAAUAUUUCUGUCGCCAACAUUACCUUAUACAAAGCUUCAACAUUAUCUUACUGAUGGAGAUCUAUUGCUUAAUGAAAUAGCCAAAAAUACGUUGAAUCUGAAAACUGCUUCUCACUUAGUUGUUCCAGUAACUGCCAGUCGAACUGUAGAAGUCACCGUUGAAAUUUUGGAAGCUAUGCUACGUGGCAAAUUUGUGGUAGCAUCUGAGUGGCUUGAUGCAUGUCUGGAGGCUCAUAAUAUUGUGGAAGAAGAAUUAUAUGAGAUUGAAACAAUUAACUGGAACGGACAGUUACUAGCAAAGAAUUCGUGCUCUGCAGCUAGAAGAAGUUAUGCUGAAAUGAAACUAGGACUCUUUAAUGGAUGUCGGUUCCAUUUUUGUAAGAAUGAGUACUCGCCAUACCAUGAAAAUGAGAUCAAAAAUUUGGUCCAGUUAGCUGGAGGUGAAAUAAUUGAAAAUGAAUCAAAUGUAGAACACUCUCAGAGCACACUGGACUCGUAUCAUGCACAAAGUAUCAGUGAGUUGCCUGGAUUGUUCAUUGUGUAUAUGGAAGGUCAACUUAUACCAGAAAGCACCAUAGAACGGCAGUCCACCACUUUUGUUACACCUUCUUGGAUAAUAGAGUGUAUUGCGAAAUUCGUAUUCACACGACCCAGUAGUUCCUGA